AUGUUAGCGUGGUUGCAUUUUCUCUCCAACAACUUUUCGCCACCGCUUCCCUACCAUGAUGCCCACAAACUACGACUGGAUACUUCCUACAACUCUACGUCCGCUCUCGAUAUUGUAAUGAGCAUGUACCGCGAACCACCCUCUCACAUCACUGACACCUUUGCCCUCCUCACCUCCCUCCCCUCCAUCGGCCCCAAGUCUCCACGCCUGAUCCUCUACACAAAAGACCCUGCCGCAAAUCUAACUCUGCUCCAACAACAAACCAACGCCACAAGAGUCCUACAACUGCCUAAUCUAGGCAGAGAAGGCCACACGUAUCUCCACCACAUAAUCUCUUCGUGGGAUGACUUGGCAGCCCAAACCUUCUUCUUGCAGGCCUCUAUUCACAACCAUCGCGAAUUUGCUGCAAGAGUCACCGAUUACUACACGCCUGAGACAGGAAUGCUGAGUUUAGGAUUCAGUGGACAAAGCUGUGAGUGCAACAACUGCGGCGACAGAUUUGGAUGGCAAGACCGUUCAGGGAUUGUGGAACAAACUUGGAAAGAAGUGUUUAAUCAGACUUGUGGAGAGCAACGGAUGUUGUUGAGUUACAAAGGGCAAUUUGUUGCCAGUGCUGCAAGGAUUAGAGCCAAUGAGAAGGCGAUGUACGAUAAGUUGAGGGAUGCGCUGGAAGAGCCAAACAGCUGGGCACACGAACAAGAGUAUCUACAAGGAAGGCCUGAUUCGUUGAAUGCGCCCUACUUUGGAUAUACUUUGGAACGCCUGUGGUCAGUGAUCAUGCAGUGCUCAGAGGAACGGAUUGCAACUCUCUGUCCGACACUGCUAAGUGGACAGCGAAGAGGCGGCUCGAAGGAAGAUUGUCAGUGUUUGGAUCCUUGA